AUGGUGCUUCAGCUGUUCGUGAAUGGCCCGCCGGGAUCGGGCAAGUCGACGCUCGCCAAACUCCUAAGCGAGGAGUUCAACUUGGAGCUCGUCGCCACCGGCGACUUGUUGCGUGAGAAUAUCAAGGCGCAGACCACCGCUGGUCGUAGAGCGCAGCGCUGCAUUGCGGCAAAGAAGCUGGUCCCCGAUCGCGUUGUGCUCGAUAUGGUGGAGACCAAAGUGGCGACCUCCCUGGCGCGUGGUCGGGCUGGCUGGGUGCUCGACAGUUUCCCGCGAACUACGGAUCAAGCGGAAGCGUUGAUGACCAAGCCAGACCUUUGUCCUGCCGUCGUGAUCUUGCUCGAUCUCCCCGAGACAGACUGCAUCACUCGCAUUUGUGGACGUCGCUUCGACCCGGUGACAGGAUCCAUUUUCCACUCGCCAACUAACCUUCCUCGUGACGCGGUAGUUCGUGCAAGACUCACACGACGCCGCGAUGACUCAAGCGACCGACUUUCACCGCGAUUCGAGGCCUACCGGACCUUCGGUGAGGCCACGAACGAGCUAUAUGCUAGAUCUCAAAGCGUUGUGCACCGAGUUGACGCCUCCAAGUCUUCAAGUGUGAUUCUGGAAGACGUGUCAGCUUUGCUUCACUCACUCGUAGCGAAACCUCGGCAGAUUCACGGCAACAACAGCAUUAUCAACAACAACCAGACCCAGCAGGUCGACAAUAUCGUUGCCAAAGCGAAUUUCCGGCAGCGACCGGAGACCAUUCUGGAAACAUCAGAGGAGAACGAAGACGACGACAUGCAGCAGUACCAGUACGACUGGGAAGACGACGAGGCGUCUAUCAGCCGCAGUCGGCUCCUCCUUCCAAAGGCAGAAAACUCCAACAACAAUAACGACACAGUUCCUCCUCCCCCCGCGCCAAUGUUACGCCCCCUGCCAGCACCGACGGGCAAAUUCAGAGGACUAAGCGGACCAACGGAGAUUAUCAAGUCCUCAGUCCAGUCGGUAGUGGUGCGUGAUUCUAUCAGCGUCCGAAGCAGUAGCAUUUGCAGCAACAGCAGCACGACAAGCUUGGAGACGGCGGCAGCCUCCGUGGAUAUGGAGACGUUCAAGGAGCUGCUACUGGAUGGGUUCGAGGCCGUCAAGCACGGGCGUCGUGGUCGACCGCACCCCCGACUCAUCUUCACAGACUUGGACUUCAAGCGAGUAUUCUGGCAGAAGGCCAUGGGCGCUGCAGAUCGAGUGGGCAAAGGCAAACACGCGCGACUCGAGCAGAGCGUCGUACUCGGGGACGUCAUUCAGGUAGCCAGAGGCAUGAAGACUGCUGUGCUCAAGCGGUCGGGUAAUGUGGCGCGUUAUGAAUGCUACGUCUCCCUCGUCACGCCGACGCGCACGCUGGACUUGGAGUUGCCGAACGCCCAGCUCGCAGACUUUUUGCAGCGAGGCUUCGACCAGCUUCUCCACAACUGA